CUAAGAAGAUGCGUUAGCAUCAAGUUACACUGUUGGACUGCUGAAGUAUGGAAUCCAAACUAAGCUAGUGCAAGAGAUACAGUGCUAAAUAAAAAAUUGAGUCAUUGUAAUGGAGACAAGACUAGACAGCGAACAUGUGCGAACAGUACACAUCAGGCCUCGAUGACUUCAUCCACGAAUAGAAUGAGCUGGGACAGAAAGGGCACAAAACUCACAUAUAUCGGGCCAAGGGCGUCCAAGCCAGUCUUCUUAAGGCAGGACGAGCCAGCACGAUGGGCUUAUCCCUGCAAAUAGGUGUGAGUUCUUGUCACGGACCGCUGUUGUGGGCGGAGAGGAUGUUGCUGUGACAGCGGGGGAAGGGCAGCUUGGGUUCCGCUACUCGUCCAGAUCACAUUCCAGUAAACCCGAUAUAGUAUACAGUCCAAAGCACCUUAAUAUAACAAUUCGCCAAAAGGCCAAACCCCAUAAACUCUUUUAGAAUCAACCCUUAACCAAGAUGAGAGAACCCCGCCAUGAGGCACAAAAUCAAUCUCACGCUGGCCCCAAGGAAGGCGGUGGGGUAGCUCUAGGUCACAUGGCUGGGGAGCUUGUUUCUCAAGUUCCCCCCAUGAUUAUUUUUGCCAGCAACAUCGAGUAGCAGUUGCUCUUCCUCUGUCCAGCGGUCCAGCGUGCAGCUUUCGAGCAUUAACCUGCAGACACAGCUGCUUUAUUCCCCGUAGCUUGUCAACGGCCCCUUCUGGAAUGGUCAAGCUCCAGGUGGAGGACACGAAUCAGAAUGUCAGGCCAACUAUCGGAGCAGGAGAUCUUCAAGGCAGUCCUAGACUUCGCCGCCGACGGCACAUAUCCGGAAGCGGAGCAAGUCGUAGCUGUCGAAUUCCCUCUAUCUGCCCUUUCCAGAGAAUUGGAGCUUAUCACCCAGGCCAGAGACCAGGUAGAAGCAGAGAUAAGCUCGCUGAGCCAAGAGAACGAUUUCAAUGUCGAUGAGUGGAUAUCGCAAGCGAAACAACUUCACGCAGACCUCGAACGAUCCAGGCUCACUGCCCGGGAAAUCGUCAAGCAACACGAGAACACUGUACCGCUGCAAUCAAACAUCGAGGACGCAGCUGCGAAAGUUGAUUUAGUGGAGAAAGAGAUCAUAUUCAACCAGACCGUGACGAAUACAUUAGAGGAGGUUCAGAGCAUAUGCCGCCAACUUGAUUCCACCCGAGCUCUCUAUCAGGAUGACAGAAUCACAGAUGCAAUUGAAAAUCUAGAGGCCAUCGAACAUGCCAUCAACCAGGACAGUUAUUUUAAGCACACUAAUGUUAGAGGGUUGCUCUUGGAGAAUGUCUCUUCAUUACGGCAGGAUAUCGUCAACGUACUUCAUAGUCGCUGGAACCAACAUUUCAAGCUUGACCACAAAGAAGGGACCUUUCGUAUUUCAAAGGACGCACUAGAAGAGACCAUCUCUGCCCUAGCUCGUUUAGAUGAACUCGCUGCAGUAAAUGAGCAAUUCCAGAAAGAUCUGUUCUUGGUGGUCAUAGAUCCGAUAUUGCUGCCCAGCAGGAAUGGCUACAGCCACGGAAUUCAGGUUCUCGAGGGCUCAAUCUGUCUCGAGCCUGAGCCGUCUCCGGCUUCGGUUAGAGAUGUGUUGGAUCGAGUUGGCACAGUUCUCGCAUUCCUCCACCAUUCUCUUCCUCUAGCAAUCCAAAGUUCGCUCUCGGAUACAUUCAUCCCUGCCAUUUCAUCAAAGAUCAUCUCUCACUGGCUGUCGACCGCGAUACCCACUGAACUUGAGGGACUAGGCUGGUUUGAAGCAACUCUAAACCAUGUCCUUGGGUUCACCAAGUUGAUAGGCUCUUUGAAUUGGCAUGGCCAGGAGGAGCUCCUUUCCUGGGUCAACCAAGCCCCUCGCUUAUGGCUCACCAGGCGAAGAAUUGAUUCACUGGAUCAGGUUCGCAAGGUGCUUUCUGCUAGCAAAGGAGAUUCAAGACAGGUGGAGAGGGUCGAAAAGAGACAAGUUCAUGCGUCGGAUGAAGUAUUGUUGGACAAUUCGACUUUAGACGACUGGGAUGCGGGUUGGGACGAUCAAAACCACGACGAUGAAGUGGUCAGCGCUUGGGGAUUGGAUGAUGACAAAGACGAUUCCAAGGCCGCAAAAGCCAGUGCAGGUGUUGAUGACGAGGAAGACGAUGGUGCCGAGGAUGCUUGGGGAUGGGCAGAAGACGAUGAAGAAGAUCAGUCUUUUGAGGACACCGCGCCAAAUAAAGCAGUCACAGAGGCCAAGCCGAGUCAAGAUCAAAAGCAUAAGUCGCAAUCAGGGCCUAGGGAAAUAACGCUAAAGGAACAUUAUACGAUUACUGAUGUGCCGGACUCUAUUCUUCACAUUAUCCGGCAGCAGGUCGCAGACUCUGUGGCCAUAUCGCAACCUGCGAAUACUAGCACCCUUGUGUCUUCCUCCGGUGCUGGCCUUCUUGCUCUUCCAACUCUGAUUGUCGCCAUGUUCAAGGCAACAGCAUCUUCAUUCUACAGCCUGAAGCUUAAUUGUGGCCAGAUGUAUCUGUAUAAUGACAGCUUAUAUCUCUCAGAGCGAGUGCGUGAAGUCGCAGACGAAAAUCAGCUUCCAAGACUUUAUGCCGAUGUUGAUGCCCUUGCCAGAUUCGGCAAACUGGCAUACAGCAAAGAAAUGCAGACACAGCGAACGAUCGUCACAGACUUACUGGACGGUGCGCAGGGGUUCAGUCAAUGCUCGGAACAACCUUUUCUGGGAGAAUGUGAAAACGCUGUGAGCGCAACUGUGGACAGGCUACAGGACGUCUAUGCUGAGUGGCAGCCGAUUCUUUCGCAUUCCGCACUGCUCCAAGCAAUUGGUUCCCUAGUAUCGACGGUAAUCAACAAGAUUAUCAUUGAUAUCGCGGAUCUGGGUGACAUAUCCGAGGCUCAGUCUCAGAAGCUCGUAUCUUUCUGCAAUCAGUUGUCAAGGCUGGAGAGGCUGUUUUUGCCAGCAAACUCGGAUAGUAACGAACCAGUGCCCAUGACCGCCGUCUACGUGCGGAAUUGGCUCAAAUUCCAGUAUCUGAUCAACAUCCUCGAGAGCUCUAUAGCCGACAUCAAGUUCCUAUGGGUGGAGGGAGAGCUGUCUCUCGAAUUCUCCGCGGAUGAAGUGGUGGACUUGAUUGAGGCGCUUUUUGCAGAAUCUGACUACCGGCGAAAGGCAAUUGCAGAAAUCAGGAGAGCAUCAAAGGGCACAUAGGGUAUUUGUGUAUAUAUUAGGUAGCAUAGAACGCAUAUUUCUUCAUCAAAAGUCCAAACUCUACACUCUAGAUCUCGAGCAGUGUUUUUGCAUGUGCGGAGAAUGGCUCCGCGCUUGGCACAAGUGGCCGCAACGCCCACCGUAAUUUUUU